GCUAGCGGGAAUCCCACUGAAUGACGUGAGCAGAGGAACACUCGGGCGUCACGCAAUCCUUAUAGCCAGCCCUACUAUUCGCGUCCGCAGAGGAGGGGCCCCAGCCGUCAUGCUUGCCUGCGGGCGGGCAAAGUUACCAUAGCAGGUGGGGGAAGAACCCCAUCGAGGGCUCUCCCAGCGGCAAGGCGAGGUUUGAUGUUACAAGGACGUUGCUUGCAGAGUCGACGGAGCCCUGCUGGUGCGGUUGUGAAGCAAAGUGAUGCGCCGUGUGCGCCUGCACCAAUCAGCGGCCAGCAAAGACACGGCUAUUCGACCGCAGGCAAAUAGCGCCUUCUGGCCAAUCAGAUGCCAGCUGCUGGUCGGGUGCAUCACCGACUCGGACGUCCAAUCACGUGCUUGGGUCGACGGUGCACGGCCAUGGGCCCGUGACUUGCAACUUCAGGAACCGUCCCUCAGACAUGCCGCCCAUGAUCUCGAUGACACCACGCCUUGGCUGGGGGCCGGCUCCAUCCAGGCACACACGCUCUGCGCUGCUCGCUGUCUCAAGCCUCGACCGCCAUCGCUCUCCGCGUGUCAUGGCACGCGCAACCCACAAGUGCGGUCCAUGAUUGCAAAGCAGAGCCGCAAUCAGCCGUCCGUCCUGUGCCUGCGCCGCCGUCGCCAGCUGUCCCUGCUGCUGAAAUCUCGACAGAGCCCUGCCGUAUCGGCCCGUGGCCCUUUCAAGUCGAGAGCUGCUGCCCGACCCUGCCUCCCCCAUCGUCGCCGAGCCCCGCGCCCGCUUUUCGACCUCUGUGGUCUCUGAUUACGGGGUGCCUGCCUUUGCCGCUAGUCCGUCCAGCUGGCUUUGCCAACCGCGACAUUCCCUUUCUUCACCUCACCUUCCAUGGCUGCUGACGUCCGGCGGCAGCACUCUCAAGCACUAAGCCGUCUG